ACGUAUUAAGUGAUUGAAAACUGAAAUGGAAAGCGUAUUAAUCUGCCUCACGCGUUAGUGAAGUUUUACACAAAAAACAGUUCUUAUCGAAAUUUCAUUAUUAUGAUACCAGCUGAAUAGGAAUGAAAUAGCACAGAAAAAUAGAGCUUCAUUUUCUCUAUCGUCUCAUAAAAACAGAAAAUUUCAUCAAGCCUUCUAUACAAAAUUGAGAUGCGACCGCCACUACUUUUGGGUACCCCUAAGUAUCUUCCAUUUUCGGAGCAACCAAAUUGUCUCGGGAUAAAAACUAAGAGAGUACGGUUCAAGUCAGGGUCCACAAAUUUUCUCUCCGAUGGACUUUAUUCAUUAAACUUUUAUUUUUUUUUUCUUUAGACACAUUACCACGAUCAGUUGUAAUGAUAGCAUUUGAUUCUCAACCAUAUGUAGUCAUUUCAUUAGCUGAUGGUCCUAUUGUUUAUUAUUUACUUGAUACUAUACAAGGACUUUUAUAUGAACGAAAAAAAGUUGCAUUAGGUACAAAACCAACAACAUUAACAAUUUGUCAACGUACUGAUUUAUCACCACAUACAACAACAUCGUCAUCAUCAUCAUCAUCAAAUGAUCCAUCAGCACAACGUACAGUUCUAUUUGCAUGUAGUGAUCGUCCAUCAGUAAUAUCAUCAUCAAAUACAAAACUUGUUUUUUCUGCUGUUAAUUUACGUGAAAUUGUUUGUAUGUGUUCAUUUCAUUCAGAAUUUUAUGGAGCAAGUUUAACAUUAGUUACUGAUAUGGGUGUUAUACUUGGUCGAAUUGAUGAUAUACAAAAGUUACAUGUACGUUCAUUAGCAUUAGGUGAACCAGCAAGACGUAUUGCAUUUAUGGAAGAUGAAAAAGCCUAUAUUAUUUUAACACAAUAUAUAGAUAUGUAUCAAACAGAUAAUAUAACACCUAUUAGUAAACAAGCACAUCAAAAAAUUGAUUGUCCAACAAAAAUAAAAAGUCUUAAUGAAAUUUUACCUCCAACACAAAAUGAUGUUAUUGAUUCAAUUGUUAUUUUAGAUCAACAUACACAUGAAGGUAUAUAUUAUAUAUCUGAGAAAUAUUAA